AUGACUGGGCAACAUCAAUUCAUAUUGCAGCCAAUGAAGGUUAUGUAAACAUGAUAUGUGAGCUAUCAUUUCACUGUCCAGAUAGCUUGGAAACGCUUAACAACAAUGGCCAAAAUGCUCUUCAUGUUGCCAUAUCGAAUAAUAAACUAAGACUAAUCAUAUUCUUAUUGAAUUCUAAAAAAUCUGAUUACCUUAUUGACGAGCCAGAUAACGAUGGCAACACUCCUCUCCAUUUGCUUGCUGCCUCUGGCUGGAUAAGUGUGCCUGCUAAAUUAGAAAGACAUGCCAGUACAAAGAAGGUGUUAAUUAACAAAGAAAACCAGACUCCACUUGACAUAUCAGAGUCUAGCACAGAGAUAACACAGCUGGCGAAACGGACAUUCAAGCGGAAUCUUCGCUAUUGUCGAUUAGGACGGCGUGAUUUUGAGAUAAAUGGAAGAAAAUGAAGAAGCAACUCAAAUACAUCUAGUAGUUGCCACACUACUAGUUGGCGUGACCUUCACAGCAGGUUUCACCUUACCGGGAGGUUUUGAAAGCGAUCUCAAUAGUUCUAAUAAAGGGAUGGCGAUUCUAAUAAGGGAAACAGUGUUCCGUGCAUUUGUUGUCUCAGAUACCAUUGCCUUUACAUGCUCUACAUUUGCUGUACUCUUCUACUUCUACAUUGCGAUAAAUGCAGCAAUUGGAAAAGAAUUAAAACUUAUAGCUGUGCGCUUUAUUAUAGCAAUUCUUUUGCAGCUUGUGGCGAUGUCAGAAGUUGUAAUUGCAUUUGUAACUGGUAUGUAUGUUACUUUAGCACAUUCAGUUGGUCUCGCUGUUACUGUCUGUGUCAUCGGUUGCAUCUUUUUCCCUAUGUUCUA